AAAAAGUAUUCAAGAUUCAAUUGUCUGCAAAUCUGAUACACAGUGAGUCGUCUGCUUUCAGUAUAUACACAUAUGUCAAAGUCAUACUUUCAUCUAAAUUGAUACGUUGUAAAAAAGUUUUGUUACUUAUAAAUCUUCAAAAGGAUUGGAAGAAAAAUAUCAUGAAUAUGUUCGGGUUUAAUAUGUUUCCGGAGAUUCCACGGCCUUUUAAUACUCAGUAUAAAUGCUUCUCUGUGUCGAUGUUACCAGGUACAUAUCGACAAGAUGUAGAACGUGGAGGAAAAAUAAUUAUGCCACCUUCGGCUUUAGAACAGCUUACAAGAUUGAAUAUUAAUUACCCGAUGAUGUUCAAAUUAACUAAUAAGAAGACUAAUAGAAUAACCCAUUGUGGUGUUUUGGAAUUCGUUGCAGACGAAGGAAAAGUUUAUUUACCUCUUUGGAUGAUGCAUAAUCUUUUAUUGGAAGAAGCAGAAUUAAUAAAUGUUGAAAGUGUUACUUUAAAAAUUGCAACAUUUUCACGCUUCCAACCACAGUCAGAAGAUUUCUUAGAUAUUACAAAUCCUAAAGCUGUUUUAGAAAAUGGUUUAAGAAGUUUCGCUUGCCUUACAACGGGUGAUGUAAUUGCCAUAAAGUAUAAUCAAAGAAUAUAUGAAAUGUGUGUCCUGGAAACGAAACCUGAUCCAGCUGUUAGUAUUAUAGAAUGUGAUAUGAAUGUUGAAUUUGCUCCACCCGUGGGUUACAUAGAACCGGAAAAACAUAUUAAAAAAGAUGAAGCUGUAGUAGACCCUGUAGAUUUAAUGCCAGCACCUGUAGGAUUUGUACCAUUUAAAGGACAAGGUAAUAGAUUAAAUGGAAAAAAACGUAAAGAUUCCGCUCAAUCAGAAGUUGCUACAAACAAACCCACGUAUAUUAGAGGAAUACCAGAUUAUGAUUAUAAAAUAGGAACUCUUACAUUUUUACAUAAUAUGAAACCCAUUAAUAAUAAAGAGGUAAAGGACCAGGAUGAGUUUAAGGCUUUCACAGGUGAAGGUUUUUCCCUUAGAGAAGCAAGGAAAUGAUUAAAGAAUUAUCAGUCUAUUUAUUUUCUUAUAAUUACAUACAUUUGUAAAAGGUAAAACAAUAACAUGUUCAGUCUACUAGUGGACCCCAAAAGUGUUUACUGGGUCUUGCUGGAUCUUCUGUCAAGAAAAAGUCACGUCCGAGUGAUAUGAAUUCUUCGAUACUGAUUUUACCGUCAUCGUUAGUAUCAAUAUGACUAAAGGAAACAACUGCGUGCUGUAAUAAAUUUUAUUACAAUUAAAUUAACUCUUUUAUUCAAAUUCCGUUGGAAAAGUUUGAAUAGAAAAUAUAUCAUUUUACUUACAUCAUGUGUGAGAUCUAAACAUUGGAAAAAUAAUUUGAAUUCUUCCACAGAAAUUUCACCGCUUUGAUCUUUGUCUACUGCCUGCAAUUGUAUAGUAAAGAUUAUAUCCUUAAGAAAGGAACUUUCUGAUAAAUAUUUGUUUAUAUGAACAUACAUAAAUAUUUUGAAUACUUACUUUGAAUAAAAACGGUAAGAAAUGAUGACAUUUCUU